AUGGAUUAUCAUUUUGUCUCUGUUGAAGAACUUAGCCAAGGAAAAACAUACUCUGGAGCCGCAACUCUUAUAAGUGCACAUAAGCUUGAAUUAAACUGGAAACAGUUUAGCACCGCACAAGUUUGGAUAGAGAAUGGGCCGGAAAAUGAAAAGAACAACAUUCAAUUCGGUUGUCUGGCAUAUCCUGCAAUCUUCGAGGAUAACUACAGUCCACUAUUUGGUUAUUGGACGGUAUUUCUUGGUUCAGUUUUAGGACAAACAUCAACCUAUGGAAAAAGUACAUACGAACUACCUGCAAGGGUAUAUCGGGAUUCGGAAACUGGUAACUGGUGGUUGAUGUUUAACGUUAUAAUAGGAUAUUGGCCAGGAGAACUCUUUACGCAUUUAGGAAAUGAUGCUUCGGUUGUAUGA